AUGCAAUUCAAAGCUUUAGCUGUUCAGCUGUUAAGAUACAUUAAAUGCUUACAGUUUAAAUAUUGUCCUAAGUCGGACUAUGACCGCUUUCAGUUGCUUAUCCGAUAUUUAGUUAACUCAGUGGAAGCUGGAGAUUCAAAACCAUCUGUUCCCAGUGAUUCAAGGAUACUGAAUGUCUUUUUGUCGUUUUUACUCAUCCACACCAAUUGCUCGCAAUGGUCUUUAAUCCAGGAUGAGAAAUUAAAGCCUGCAAUGAACCAGUUAGCUUCAGCUUUCCUCCAACAUCUUGUUCAAAGGCGUUUAUUUGAAAAUUUGAAUACUGUUUUGCAAAAAGGUUUAGCCAGACAUACUCCUUCUCUGACAAAAAUCUCCUUGACAGGAAUAUUCACCAUUGCUAUGAGACCGUUGAUAUCUGAGAAGUUUCCUGAGAAACUAGUAAUUUCAUUUGCAACUAAUAUCUUGACUGUACCUGGAUUUAUAUUGCAUAUAAAUUCAAUGAUGAAUGAAGCGUAUGAUAUUAUUGUUAAAGAAAGAUUAUGCUCCAGAAUUAUACUGACUUUGUAUGCCAGUUCAGAAGAGUUUGAUAACCUACUAUCUCGUCUAGAAGGAUCUUAUGUAUUAUGUUUAAUUGCAAAUCUAAUUCAAUUGAGUCUGUUAGAAACUGAUAUUUUGGCAUCGCAUUGUACAGAAUUUUGCAUUGUGCUAUCUAAAUUCAUGCAUUAUUUGGGAACUUAUGUUGGCAGUAAAAAGUCAAAUCUUUGUAGCUGGCAUCCGAUUCUUGGUUGGUUUGCCCAAUCACUAGAUAAUUCUUUACAAGCAGCUAUGUCAUUUGUAACAAGUCAAUUACGAUUACUAUGGAAUGGUCGAAUGGUUCGUUUGCUAUUCGCCGACCUAUAUGCACAAGCUGAAUUAAGUCUACCUGAAGGCAGUGGUGGAUCAGAUGGAAAUCCAUCUACUGCAGGUCAUCCACCGAGUCCAAGUAGCUCAAGUUCUACUGUUCCUGGCCCUGGUCCUGGUCCUGGUGCACCGUCUAAAGCAGAGAAACUUGCUGUAGCUGGUCUACUGCCUCCUCAAUCACGAAUGAUGAUGACUAGUGGUGGCGGUGGCGGUAGAUCGAGCACUUCUGAUGUUGAUGGUUAUGCCCAUCGUGUUCGUCAUGGUCUAUCGAAUUUCCUGCGUCAAAUAACCAACUCAUCAACUUAUCGUAAUCGAUUUAAAAAUAGUAAAAAGGAGAGAAUGAAUAAUUAUGUACCGAAUCUUUCGACGACACGUUCAGAUUGUCCUGGACCAAGUGAUCUACCGAAAUCACUGAAAGCUGUUUGUAUGCUGUAUUGUUUUACUUCAGGAAGUUUAAAAGAAAUUAGGAGUGCUAUUCUAGCUGGUUUAUCACUGGGCGAUUUAUUGCCUCGUAUGUGGCGUUUAAUUUCUUGUUGUGGAUCUGUACGUGAUUGGGCCAAUGUGAUUAUGAAUUCACAAUCGGUAUACUACUUGGAACCGCAUGAAUCACAUUUAAUGCAAAUAUUUGCUGCAGCUACAAGUAAUUUAUUAAGCAUUCUAGAUGAUGCAGAAUUAUUUGAAUUGAAGAAAUCAUUUACUGUUGAUGAAUUGUGUUCAAUGGGUUCAUUUUUCAAUCACUUGAUUUAUGAAUCAGUUAUCAUGGUACCUGAUCCUAACCAGCUGAAAUUAUGGAGUGCAUCAUCAAAAACAACAGAUAAUAAUCAUAAUAAUAAAUUGAAUAAAACGAAUCUAUCUAGUAGUAGUAGUAGUAGUGGUAUGCCAGCUAUUAAUAAUAAUAAUAAUAAGGCAGCAGCAGCUCUAUCAACUAUGGAUUGUUGUACGUCAACUAUGCCUAAUUUAUUUACAAUCUGUUUACGAUUAUUAUCUGUGAUUUAUGAACGUGACAGUCGACAUCCAUUUACACCGGAGAAUUUUUGGUUAAUCUCUAAUCUCAAAGUUUCAGCUUUUCUCUCCGAUUUACGCAAACCGAAACCCCAUGCAACUUUUCUCCUAAAGCAUAUUCCACAUAUUAUACCACACAAAGAGCGUGUUAUCCUUUUUCGAGAUUUUGUACGUGAAGAUAAAGCAUCUCUGGGGAUACAUACACGAACUAAUUGGCUUACAGAUGAUGGCCCAGUUGGUGCUGUGAUCACAGUGCAUAGAAAUCGUAUUGUUGAAGAUGGAUAUCAACAGCUGGCCAAUUUAACUUCACCACAACUACGUAUGAAAAUACGUGUACAAUUUGUCAAUGAAAUGGGUUUAGAUGAAGUUGGCAUUGAUUUGGAUGGUGUAUUUAAAGAAUUCUUAGAAGAAACACUUCGUCGUGUAUUUGAUCCAAGUUUAAAUUUAUUUCGUGUAACAAAUGAUCAACGUUUAUAUCCAUCGCCUACAUCACAUCUACAAGAGAGUCAUUUACAGCUAUUUGAAUUUUUGGGCAAAAUGCUUGCUAAAGCUAUCUAUGAAAGUAUUGUUGUUGAUGUACCAUUUGCGAAUUUCUUUCUUACUCAAUUACUCGGUCGUGAAAAAGCUGGUUGCUACAGUUUUCUUGAUGAAUUAGCCACAUUGGAUAGAGAGUUAUACAAAAGUCUUAGUUAUAUCAAGCAUUAUGAUGGAGAUGUAUCCGAUUUAGAAUUUACCUAUUCAUAUGCAGAAGAUUGUUUAGGUCAAGUGAUUAUACAUGACCUAUGUCCUGGUGGUCGUCAGAUAUCUGUAACAAACGAUGUCAAAAUAAGUUAUGUGCAUAGUGUAGCACAUUUUCGUAUGUAUAAACAAAUUCGCAGUCAAACAGCCUCAUUUAUACGUGGAUUUUAUUCAAUAUUAAAUCCUGAUUGGUUGGCAAUGUUUUCUCCACCAGAAUUACAAACUCUUAUAUCAGGUGAUUGUGGUUCUAUGGACAUUGAUGAUUUAAAGCAGCAUACACGUUAUUCCGGUGGAUUUCACAGUAAUCAUCGUGUUAUUCGUUGGUUAUGGGAUAUUUUAAGACGUGAUUUCGAUGAUCGUGAACGUAGUUUAUUUUUAAAGUUUGUAACUAGUUGUUCGAGACCACCUCUGUUAGGUUUUGCAAAUCUGGAACCACCAUUCUGUAUACGUUGUGUGCAUUAUACAAAUGAAGAUCAAGAUGUUGGAGACACCCUGGGAUCAGUGUUAAAAGGAUUUCUUGGUGUUGUUGGACGUCGUGAAGAAGUCUCUCGUUUGCCGACUGCAUCAACUUGUUUUAAUCUCCUUAAACUACCGAAUUAUUCAUCUCGGAGUGCAUUGAAAGAGAAGCUGAGAUAUGCAAUAAAUAGUCAUGCUGGCUUUGAGUUAUCAUAA